GUGAGAAGGUGGAUAGGAAAGGGAACAGAAGUGAGAGAGAGAGAGAGCGCUCCCCCAGGACUCCCUAGAGGAACCCCCUGAAGGACCCCCCUUGGAGAGAGAGAGAGAGGACUACUACUACUACUACUACUAUUACUACUACUAUUCUUGGCAGCAGAUGUGAACGUAAACUAUUUUAAGUGUCUUCGUGUGCUACUACUACUACUACUACUACUACUACUACUACUACUACUACUGCUGCUACUACUACUGCUACUACUAGUGGUACUAUUACUACUACCACCAUUACUACCAGAACCACCAGCUCGUCUUGGCCGGGCCCUGAGGACAUAGGCGCCCUGGCUUAUCCCGGCUCUUUCGGCACUCAGGGGGGCUAGGGGGGCAUGGCCUACCUCAAGACCCCCCCAUACCCGAUGAAUGGACUCGCCCUGGGCAUGGGGCACCACUCCACUAUGGAUCCCAGCGUGGCCCAUUCUGUCCCCUAUCCAUCAGCUCUUCACUAUGCAGUCACGCCCGCUCCAGCCAGGAAACAGAGGCGAGAGAGAACCACCUUUACUAGAGCCCAACUGGACGUUCUUGAAUCUCUCUUCGCUAAAACAAGAUACCCUGAUAUAUUCAUGAGGGAAGAGGUUGCCAUCAAGAUAAACCUCCCUGAGAGCCGCGUACAGGUGUGGUUCAAGAACAGGCGUGCUAAGUGCAGACAGCAGGCGCAGCAGCAGAACACUAAUAACAGCACAACUGGGCCCACCUCCAGCACCACAAACCUCUCCAACACCAGUAACAGCACCACCACCACCACCACAGCCCUCAGCACCACCACGCCCACGCCCACGGACAGCACAAAGGCGAUAGCACCGAGGCCCAAGAAGAUUAAAACUCCUGUGACUCCUUCUCCGCCUCCUCCCGUAGUGAAAUGCUCCCCAAGGCCUGCUUCUCCCGCAUAUAAACCACCGUCUGUCUCCCCUGCUUCAGCCCACACACCUCCAAACACAACACCCACACCAACACCAACCUAUGGGACUUUUCAGGGUGAACAUGGAAAUUCUUACUCGUCUUUGUGGGCUGGAGCUGGCUUGAGACCCAUGACGGAACUACAUGUAUCGUCUGGGAGCUGCAUGCAAAAUCCUGGAUACCACAUGGGAAAGUCAUCAACAUCUUCCUGGAGUCAAAAUUACGCUCCUACUUCUUACUACGGCAAUAUGAGCAUGGAGUAUCUUCCACAUCACCACAUGACUACUCACAGUCAAUUUACGCCCGUUACUAACCACAUGGGAGGGUUUCAGCAGAUGGGAGGGCAUAUGAUGGGCUCGCAUGGCAUGAUGGGAGGUCAGCAUCAUUACUCGCGCCCUUCAGUCACUCCUGUACAGAGUGUUGGGGCUCCGGCUGCUCAGGAUUGCAUGGACUUUGGGGAGAAAUUUCAAGUUCUGUGAGGGUUUUUUGUCUGUCUUUCUCUCUAUUUGUCUAUUUUCUUGUGUCUAUUUUUUAUUUUUUUUUAAUUUUCUUUCUGUCUGUCUCCCAGUGUGAAAAGAAUGUAUAUUUAUGGUAAGGUGUUCAAAAUUUUCGUUCAUUUCUUCUUUUGGGUUAUUUUAUUUUAUUUUCUUUCGUGUGAAGAAGAAAAAGAAAGUGAAUUUUUCUUCUUCCUGCUUUUGUGAAAAUUUUCGAUCGCUUUUUUUUUGUUUUUUUUUGUCUAUUGAAAAAAAUAUGAAACUUUUCUUUCUCGUAUGAAAAAUCUGAUUUAUAUAUUUUUUUCUCUUUUUUUGUAUUCUCUCUCUCUCUCUCUCUCUCUCUCUCUCUCUCUCUCUCUCUCUCUCUCUCUCUCUCUCUCUCUCUCUCUCUCUAAUCACAAUGAAAACAAAAUCUAAUCUUUAUCUCUCUCUCGUUUAAAUAUUUUCAUCACUCUCUCUCUCUCUCUUUCUCUCUCUCUAUCUCUCUCUGAAUUAGUUGUGACUCUCUCUCUCUCUCUCUCUCUCUCUCUCUCUAUCCUCGCUCUAAUUAGAGUGAGCGACUGAUGAGAUAGAAUUUUAGCCACACCCCCCCCUAACUCAAAAAUACCCCCUCAUUAAUUUAACGCCCCCCCAUUUUACUAACUCCUCUCCCCCCUCCCUACACCCCUCCCCCCUUCCUUUUCUCCCCCUUACUGACUCGAGACACCCACCCCACCCCACCCCUCUCCCGCUCCCCCCACCCCCCAUCCCCCAGCCUCAUUCUUGUGUCUGUCUGUCUGUAUGUAUGAGUGAGGUACUGGGGGCUUGUUUUUUUUUUAAAGCUAGCUCUAAACUGAUAGCAAGUAUUCUCUCUCUCUCUCUCUCUCUCUCUCUCUCUCUCUCUCUCUCUCUCUCUUUUUUUUUAGUGAGAUUAAAAUUUUCUUUUUUUUCUUCUUUUUUCUUUAUUCCUUCCUUUCUUACUCGUCUUCUUCCUCCUCCUCCUCCUCCUCCUCCUCCUCUUCUUCUUCCAUCUUCCUUACCUCUCCCUCUCACUCUCACUCUCUCUCUCUCUCUUUGAAGCUACAAUGAAAAUAUUUACUACUACUACUACCACCACCACCACUACUACCACCACUACUACUACUACCACUACUACUACUACUACUACUACUACUACUACUACUACUACUACUACCUCUGGCCGGCCCUCCCCAAUCAGGCACUUGUUAUAAUUGUGUAAUGCUGAUGAUGAUGAUGAUGAUGAUGAUGAUGAUGAUGAUGAUGAUGAUGAUGAUGAUGAUGAUGAUGAUGAUUGUUAUAAUGAUUAGUUGUCACCGUAGAAAUAACUGCCCUUUUGCCAUUAUUAUUAUUAUUAUUAUUAUUAUUAUUAUUAUUAUUAUUAUUAUUAUUAUUAUUAUUAUUAUUAUUAUUAUUAUUAUUAUUAUUCUGUUCGUUCGUAUGUGUGUGUGUGUGUGUGUGUGUAUGUGUAUGUGUGUGUGUGUGUGUGUGAAGAAAUGACAUUAAUAUUUUUCUUCAUUAUUAUUAUUAUUAUUAUUAUUAUUAUUAUUAUUAUUAUUAUUAUUAUUAUUAUUAUUACUACUACUACUACUAUUAUUACUAUUACUAUCUUGACUAUCAGUACCAUGGCAAUAGUGCAAUAAAACAGCGCUUGCAAUAUACUCUCUCUCUCUCUCUCUCUCUCUCUCUCUCUCUCUCUCUCUCUCUCUCUCUCUCUCUCUCUCUCUCUCUCUCUCUCUCUCUCA